AUGUCGGCGGUGAUGAUCACACGGAAGGUGCGAAAAUGGGAGAAGCUCCCGGGGAAAAACACUUUCUGCUGCGACGGCCGGGUGAUGAUGGCCCGGCAGAAGGGAGUCUUCUACCUGACCCUGUUCCUCAUAGUCGGGACCUGCGCCCUCUUCUUCGCCUUUGAAUGUCCGUACCUGGCUGUCCAUCUUUCUCCUGCUAUCCCAGUUUUUGCCGCCGUGCUCUUCCUCUUCGUCAUCGCCAUGUUGCUGAGGACCAGCUUCAGUGACCCCGGGGUGCUGCUACGGGCUCGUCCAGAAGAAGCCACAUUCAUCGAGAUGGAAAUAGAGGCUGCCAAUGGGAACGUCCCCGCAGGGCAGCGCCCCCCACCUCGAAUCCGCAAUGUUCAGAUCAACAACCAGAUCGUAAAGCUCAAGUACUGCUACACCUGCAAGAUCUUCCGACCACCUCGAGCAUCUCACUGCAGCAUCUGUGACAACUGCGUCGACCGUUUUGAUCACCACUGUCCAUGGGUAGGCAACUGUGUGGGCAAGAGGAACUACAGAUACUUCUACAUGUUCACCCUGUCGCUCUCCCUGCUCACCAUUUAUAUCUUCACCUUUGACAUCGUCCACGUGGUGAUGCGUUCGGUGGAUAAUGGCUUUUUGAACACUUUGAAGGAAACACCUGGAACUGUGCUGGAGGUGUUGGUGUGUUUCUUCACCCUGUGGUCGGUGGUGGGACUGACCGGCUUCCACACCUACCUGAUCUCUCUCAACCAGACCACCAAUGAGGAUAUUAAAGGAUCCUGGUCGGGAAAGAACAGAGUCCAGAACCCGUACAGCCACAAGAACAUCCUCAAAAACUGCUUCGAGGUGCUCUGUGGGCCGACGUACCCGAGCGUCCUGGACAGAAGAGGAAUGAUGCAGGAGGAUUCGUCUAUUUCUUCUGCGACUGCUGUGUCUGCUGUGUCUGCUGCGCCUGCUGCGCCUGCUGCGCCUGCUGUGUCUGCUGCGCCUGCUGUGUCUGCUUCGCCCUCCUCCUCCAGCAGCAACCCAGUGUCACAAACCACAAAAAUCACAGCUCCACUCAUCCUCAACAUGCACACACCUGAUGAUGCCAAGCCGAGCAUUGCCGCCUCAGCAGAGAAGAGAACCUCUCCCAAAGAGGAAACUCCAAAGGUCCUACCCGAGGCUGAUGCAGAAGCAUCCGUCGCCAAGGACAAAGCCCAUUAGCUGCAUGAGGGGGCGGCUCUCGUCGUAGCCCCUCCCCCGGCAUCCUGCCUGUUCAGGAGCUGAAACAUUAUUAAUCAAUGUGUGAUUACCGUGUGGGUGACUCAGUUAUUCUCCGACGCCCGCCCUACAUUCCACCAGAAGAGCGGAGUUUCUGCGGUAGCUCCUCCUCUUCCCUCCUCUCCUCACCAGUAGCUGCAGAGCUGUUUGAUUGACAGAGCAGGAUCCAUUGAUUUAAUGGAAAGUCAGCAGCUUCCUCUGAACACUGCAUGGAAAAGACACGCAGGGGGAGAAGCUGCAGGAAGAACUGCAGAGAGGGAAAAAAAAACUCUCCAAGUGUAUGACAUCCCCGCAGGUCACCUGUGGGUCGCUCUGAUUGUCAGUACUACUUUUGUUCUUUAAUUAAAAUUGCGUAAUGACAUUUAUUGUGAGAGGCCAGUUCAAAUAUAUUCCUUGCAAGUGUCUGGCAAAGACAAUAUUACUUCUGGACAUGUAUAAAACUUCAUACAUACAGUCAUUUAUCAUCUGUUGUGUGCAUAUUACAUGUCCUAUGCAAACCAUGAGAAGGCUGGACAAGCAGCUUUUUGAUGAGAAGGGUUGACAGCAGUAAGUACACAUGAUGUCCAGGCAGGGGGAGGACAAGCAAAUCCUUAACUGAGAUAUCCUAAAGGCUCCUUCCAUGCAAGUCAAAAUCGACCUUGUAUUCUGAUAUUGCUGCAUUCAGUACUGUUAUUACUUACAUGCAUCUUCUUCUUUUUUUUAAGUGAUACAGACCAACGCCUGUCCUUCCAUUUUUAUAUAUCGAGGAUGCAGUGUGACACCGGUGCUCUGAAAUAGAUGAAAUUGCUUAACGUACAGUUAAAGUCUUUUAUCCAGGAGACGCUCAGUCCAUUGUAUGUGUGAGAGGAAAAGGUCUGACUUCUGAUGAUAGUAGACACUAGUAGUAACAGUGCCUUAUCAUAACAGUUGCACCAUCAAAUGCAACUGAGGUCGACCAACAGAGAAGCCCAUGAGAUCCGUUCUAACCACUGAUGCAGUGUUAAAAUGAGAAAUGCCAACGUUUAUACUCUAAUUAGUCCAGUGGUUCCCAACCUGGAGGGGUAAGACGAGAGGAUUUAAAGAAUAGUUCGGCUCAUUUGGUUACCUGCAGAGCUUUAAAUGAGAAGAUUGAUACUACUCAUGUCUGUACAGUAAAUAUGAAGCUACAGCCAGAAGAUGGUUAGCUUAGCUUAGCUUAGCAUAACGACUGGAAACGGCGGGAAACAGCUAGCCUGACUCUGCCUGUCAAAUCUCAUUGAAUUAUUGUUUGCAAAAAACAAAAUGUUUUGUGUGUUUUUUUUACGGCUGGAACUCGUCAUUUUCAUUUUUUGUACACAUUAAACAACAUUAUUAGUGCUCAUUUGAGGUGCUGUAGGUGUAUUUUUUAACUUUGGACAGAGGCUCGCUGUUUCCCCUUGAUCCCGUCUUUAUGCUAAGCUAAACUAAGCUAACCUGCUGCUGGCUUCAUAUUUAGCGUACAGACAAGAGAGGGGUUUUCUCAUCUAACUCUCAGCAAGGGUUAUUCUAAGUAAUUCUAGUUUUAUUAUGUAAUACGAUGAAUCUUUCCCCUAAAACAUUAUGUUAAGCAGUUUGAGGAAAAAGGACUGUUUGUUAUAACUGGUCACUGCUGGUAGUCGAAUGCUGAAAGGUUGAGAACCACUGAAUUAGACCUUUUUAUGAAGCAAAAACUAAGCGAAGCCAUUGUUGAAUUGUACAUAGUUUUAACAGGUGUACAGAAAACCUCUCGGCUGAUUUAUGAGGAGGAAAGAUUGCAGCAAGGUUUUGUUUUUUGUUGUUGCCGAAGUUGGUUAUGCUGCCUGUGAGCUCGAGCGCCUCCUCUUGCUGAUCACACCCGAGUUGAUCUUCCUCCGAGCCCUCUCUCUUCCUAUUCCUACAUAUUUAACACAUCUCCUUUUCCUUGCAUCUUUGCUGUGACAGUACGCCCGAGGCUGAGGUCGCCUACACUGCAGCCGUCUUUAGCCGGCUCAUUAUCACCCGGAAUAUAAAGCCGAGGCAGAGACUUCCUUUCCUUUCACACAUCUGUGUAUUUCAGCCUUUCAUGUGGCUGCAGAGUUCUUGUUUUGGUCACAGAUUGCUCGAGGGGACGCAGAGGAAAGAGGGAGAGAAAGUGAAGCUUAUUCUUAGUGUUUCAAUGAUGUUAGCUGAUAGCGAGGGUUUGUAAUAGUGAUUGUGUCGUAUGCAAGACAGAGUUGGUGUUUGUGAAAUAUACUUGUGUAAAAGUUCUAGUGUGUCAAGAGCAUUGUAUCACACAUGAUUUAUUAUUAAGACUCCAGACGGUCACAAUUUCCCCUGAAGAUUUAAACUCCAAAAAUAUUGGUGGAGCAGUUUAAAGCUUUAAAACAUUCGAUACCUUGGAUGAUAAAAGAUUAAUCUAGGCCAGUUUUAAUCAUUAUUCGUUCAGCUGUGGAGGACUUUCUUGUCAGAAAAGUUGCUUUUGUCCUACCAACAAUCCAAAACCUACUAUCAGAAAUCUGAAAGUAUUUAUAAUCGAAAAGCUGGAACUAUCACAUGUUGGGCAAAAAAUGUUUGCAAUCAAUUUUCUGUCCAACUAAUGGAUUAAUUGAUAAAUAUCUUAAGAUGAAUCUCAAUGAAAAAAGGAGAGCUAACGACACCUCUCAGUUGGAGGAAGCUGUGAACUGUGUGGCACUCUUGUUUCUGUGAAGUAUAAACAAGUGUAACUGCUGAGUAUUUGUUUGGAAAACUUUUAAUAAGAAGUACUAAGACUAGUUUUUAAAGCUGAACAUAGCGGCUGAACUUUCUUUGUGGAAAGUAUUUGACGACAGUUUGGUGCAUUUGAUCGAUUUGCGUUGCUGUCACCGAGAAGCAAGAAUGUAUAUGAUUGAUAUUUGAUGAAAGAAGAGACGGGAGAUUCUAAAAGGGACGGUUGAAGUUUAAUUUUUAGCUCAAGCUGAGCUCUUGUACGUAUGAUUCCUGUGUUAAAAUGCCCUGAUGGUCAGAUCUGAAUGCUCUGAUCAAUCUAUUACAUUGCAUUAUGUAUACAGAUACAAUACUAUACCAUUGAUGGAAAUCUUUAUUUAUGUUCACUUGUUAAGUAUCAGCACUGUGAUUAUAUGUGUUUCAUUCAAUUUACUUCACUUCUUUUUACAUGAUCAAUGUGUCUGGUAAAUAAACAAUAUUGUCUUAUUAUUA